GCCCACCAUUCAUAGGUGACAUUGGAUACAGCGUCCUUUACACUCAACCUUUUUCAUACGUGAUUUUUGGUUUCCCGCCUCAUCGUCGCGCUGCCAGCGUGUCUCAUUAAACUCGAAAACAUCAGUAUACACCUCCAGCAUCAAUAUGUCUGGGAUGCGCCCCCAAAUUUCCACAUCGGUUUCUUUCUCCGGUCUCCCUACCACCAUAUCGUCAGCGAGACCGCUAAAGCGCAGGAUGACAAGCACUACAGACUUGUCGUUCUUCACACCUGCAUCUGCAUCUUUUGAACCCAAACCCUUCCGCGCCAACCCGGUAACCUCUUCGAAGUCGGCGGCUCCAGCGCGCGCUAACACCAUCGUACCACCGCCGAUGGACGUUUCACUUGAAGACCCAAAUGCGACGUUCAUCCGCCCGCCAUUCACCACGUUCCCGAACUCUCACCUCUAUCCAGAGGGUCUCACCUAUAGUUUACUAGCAGAGAACCCAGAAUGGUUCCUCGUUCCCAGCGACUUCAUUUCUGAGACAAACGACAAUCCGGACGCUGUCCUCUAUCCUUCGGCUUUAGAGCCUCCGAAAGGAUGGUCUCCUGCCUUGAAAAAGGAACUAAAGGAGCGAGGUGUAGACACCUGGCCCGAAGGACAAGAACCUCGACUGCGCUGCACCUUGUGCAGAAGAACUUACGCGGGUGUGAAUGCAAAGAGUAUGUGGAGGCGCCACGUCUAUGAGAAGCACAAGAUUGCUAUGCCCAACCGACGGGAGAACGCUGAGCGUGGCCGUGUCAAUGGUCGCUCUUCGAGCAAGGAGACGAAGUCUAGACAGGACAAGAAGAAUUCCCUCGAUAAGGAAAACCUCACCUUUGUCCAAGCCGGUACUUCUGCCGCUACACGCCUUACUGCGGCAACUUCCACUCAGUCGUCUCCGCCAAAGGCUGGUCCAUCGAAGCUUCAAAGAGAUCUGUCUUCCGAAAGUCCAGAGCCAGAAAAUGCCCCCAUCGAGACCGAUCCUCCCAGAACUUCCGGCACUACCGGAGGACAUCUGAAAUUGUCUGUGCAGCCUCCGAGCAAUCUAUCCGCUGUGAACACAUCCGACCUCAUAUCCACCCCUCCCCUUACCCCGCAUAGAUCUCGUAAUGUCGGGUCAACCGAGAUAUCUCCUGCCUCUGACCGCAUUGAGCUGUCGCCAUACAACCCCCUUGCCACUCCAGCUUUCCGUCAUUCGCCUGGACCGCUACCCUCUGAUCAUCCGUGGCGCUGGGACCCUAGCGACCCUCGUCACGAGGCUGCCAAUGAGCUCAGCCUGAGCAUGAUAGUCCAAGAAGCCACCCGCGUCUCGAAGCAACUUGAAAGCAGUCCCAUCGCUUUUGAUGGAAAGGCCAGUGGCAUCUUUUCAAGCCCUGAUGUCUUCCCCAAGGGGUACGCUAGUUUCCUCCGUUCCAGCUCCGUACUCGGAGACAGCCCGAGCAAACCUGCCGUGGCUCUGUCGAGGCCUUCUCCACAGAGGCUUUUCACCAUGCCAGAGUCAGUAAAGACCAUGUCGCCCUUCAGAGGGCUGCAGAGUGGUUUGUCGCCCCAAUUCCAGGACAUUUUCUCUGGAACCCCGUCGCUUCUGGGCUCUGCCUACGAACUAGACUGGUUCCCCGCCAGAGACCCGAUCUUGUCGUACAGCGACUCGCACGAGGCUGACUCGCCACCGGUGUCGAGUCCCGAAACUGACAGCCCGGUCCUCCGGAGCUCCAGCGCGUUAAACGUCGGUGCUGCAGGAGUCGGGUUUGGCUUGGGCUUCGGAUUAUUGGAACCCUUUUCCCUAGACGACGGCCCUCUACUGGGUAAAGGCAAUGACGACGAUGAUAUCGAAGAACUAUUACAGUCACCUGCCGAGAAAUCCAAAUACUCCGAUGCCAAGUCUGCGUCGAUGGAGUCCUCGACUGGAACACCUCACGAACACCCUGAAACAUCAAGAGCCUUGAAGAGGCGAAGAACCUCUGCCUAA